GGCUGAAGCAGCGGGGGACAACUCCCAGCCAAGCGGCUGGGCGCUCCCCAGCCUGAGGGCGGGAAGCUUGGGAGGACCCGGCAGAACCCCACAGGGCUGGUGGGGUCCAGGCCCAGAGCAUCUUGGUGCUCAGAGCCGGGCUCACCAGGACGCUGAAUUAGCCAUUGCCCUGCACUCCUCAGGGCACAGCAACUUGAUAACGAUUGAUCGAUCAGACAGAGCUCGGGACCAGACAACACCCAAGCUGGCCACUCCCGGGAGAAACCUGCCUUUGGGAGGACAGAUCCCAAGCUCAGAGGCAUCGAGGACCUCAGGCCAGAGGGUUGAACCGGGGCCACUGCUGUGGAGCAGGUGGAAUGAGUCUGAGACCAGCUGAUGGACAGACAGAAACCUGAAGACUCCAGGCACGGCUCUGCCUUCCUGUUCUCUGCUCCUUCUGUAUCACUCAUCACUGGCUGCAAGCUGUCUGGAGACAAGAAUGAGUGAGAGGACCGGGAGCAACUGGAGCCCAGGCAACUGGAUGCUAGCACUGUGCUUGGCCUGGCUGUGGACACGUCUGGCCUCUGCUUCCUUGCAGCCUCCGACAGCCGCAGUCCUAGUAAAGCAAGGCACCUGUGAGGUGAUUGCCGCACAUCGCUGCUGCAACCGGAAUCGCAUUGAGGAACGCUCCCAGACCGUCAAAUGCUCCUGCCUUUCUGGCCAGGUGGCCGGUACGACAAGGGCAAAGCCCUCCUGCGUGGAUGCCUCCAUCGUCCUGCAGAAGUGGUGGUGUCAGAUGGAGCCCUGCCUGCUCGGGGAGGAGUGUAAAGUGCUCCCGGACCUGUCCGGGUGGAGCUGCAGCAGUGGACACAAGGUCAAAACCACCAAGGUCACACGAUAACUCACAGGGUCAAGACUUAGGCAGAAAGAACAGCCUUGACUGAGCUCCGGACUGAAGAAUGGCUUCUGGUCACCAGCCAGCAGAUAUGAGGACUCACUCCCCCAGACAUGGAGUCCCAUGUGUCCCACGCCAAAUGCAACAUCAGAUUUGCCAGGGCCCUGUUAGUCAUGCUGCUUAGCAGAAAUGCUUGGAUCUUCAGCCACAUACUUAGAGACCUGUGCUCUCCUACGAACAAAGGUCAACACGUAUAAUCCUGUCCUUAGGGAAUAUCUUGUCAAGCCAGGGAGUAGAUGGCAGACGAUUUAAACAGUUUAAAGUG